GAGAACCUUAACCAGAGAUUCUUAAGCUAUAAUGCACACAAGAAUGACCUGGGGACCUUGUUAAAAUGCAGGGUGUGAUUCUCGCCUGGUAUAGCCUGAUACAUAGUAGGUGUUCAAUAAAGACUUCUUGAAUGGAGGAGUGAACCAGCUGAGAGGGAAGAGGGUGCAUUUCGGACCCCGACGCCAGCAUACAACCCAGAUUUUGCUUCAAAGUGAAUGCGGCUUCAAGGAGCCAUCUUUGUGGUCCUUCCUCACCUGGGGCCCAUCCUGGUCUGGCUGUUCACUAAUAAUCAGAUGUUCGGUUGGUGUAAGGGCCCAAGGAUGCUGUCCUGGUGCCUGCCCCACAAAGUCUUAUUGCUUAUAUGGACAACCACCCACUCUGUCAUGGGCUAUGCCUCCUACCUGGUGUGGAAUGACUUGGGAGGGGGCUUUGGGCGGCCCCUGGCCCUGCCUCUCGGCCUCUACGCUGUACAGCUCACCAUCAGCUGGAUGGUCCUCGUUCUCUUUUUCACAGCCCACAGCGCUGGUCUGGUCCUGCUGCACCUGCUGCUGCUGUACGGGCUGGUGGUGAGCACAGCACUGAUCUGGCACCCCAUCAACAAGCUGGCCUCCCUGCUACUGCUGCCCUACCUGGCCUGGCUCACCGUGACCACUGCCAUCACCUACCACCUGUGGAAGGACAGCCUUUAUCCAGAGCACCAGCCUCAGCCCACAGGGGAGGCGAGUGACUGAGGCCCUGGGCCAGGGGAGAGGAGGGUGGGGAGAUGAGUCUGUAGCCAGGACUGUGCAGCUAGGGCUCAACCCAGUGUGGCCACCCUCCUGGGUCUCCUGGUGCCAUUUUUUCUUAGAAUCCAGAGAAAUGGGAAUGGGGGGGGGAGCUUAUUUUACACUUAAAUAAUAAAAUCCUAUUAGUCACUUUGA